AUUUAAACCAUCUUCGUGCGUCAAGCUGACAGAACCCUCCAGCUGCUGUAAAGAGAACUUCUUACUCUCUAGCUCUAAAUUUGGAGCAACCUUUUGGAUUAUCUUUAUUUUCAGAAUAUAAGAGUUCCCUGCCUUCCUUUAGAGGACCCAUGUGGGUGGUAGAAAAGAUUCGCACGUCAGUAGAAAGAUCAAACCUGCCUAUGCCUUCAGCAGAGCUUGGCUUCAAAAUCAGUGACAUCAUGUUGGGAGAAAAGACGGACAAAUCCAGAAGGAUUUCUCACUGUCCCAACAUCAUCACCCCUGACAAUAUCCCAGAAUUCUGCAUCCCACCAACAAUUUUAUCCCUGCAGGAGACGAAGAACUCAGAGCAAAAGGGAACAGCUCGCAUCAAGGCGCCUUCCUGUGAGAGGGCUAAACCAGAGGCCGAAGUAACAUUUCAUGAGGCGCUGCUAAAUCCUCACAUUAUUCAGGUAGAAAGUGUGGAUGAAAGCCCGUGUGAUGGCUGCAGUGAUGAGGAGAACACUAAUGCCGAUCCCCGAAGCCAGGCCGCCUUGUCCCUUCCACACCUGGCAAAAACUCAGACCAGCUACGGCUUUUGCACGUUACUAGAGAGCCCCCACACCAGGAGAAAGGAGUCCAUUUUCCAUUCUGAUCCAGGCUCCUCUCCUCUGCUGCUGCCCAGGAGUCGUUCCAGUACGUGCUCUAAACUCUCCCACUCUGCCUCACCGUCCUCUUCAUUCAGCCUCAACAGUCUGACCUCCAAGCUCUCCCCCAGGAGCUGCACCCUGAACUGGCAGGCCCCUCUGGACAGCGACACGACUUCUUCCACUGAAUCAUCACCUUUCAGCUCCCCGCUGCUGUCCAGGUGCCCUGCCAAGUCUUCCCUUUUCAAAGCACUGAGCCAUGAACUGCUGCUUUCAAGGAACAUAAGAAAAGCAAUGGUGUCCAGAAACAAUUCCCUAUCAACAGACGAGGGCAGCUCCACAGACAACAGCCCAAAUAUCAUGAGGAGAGCCUCUGAAGGGUUAGCUGAUGGCCUGGCCAGCAGCUACAGCCUGGCCCCACCCAACAUCUUCCCCAUGGACUUAACAUUACACAGAGAGAGGGUGAUGAAGGAAAGAAUGGUGCCUGUAGGAAAAGAUGGCAGUCUCAGACUCUCAGCAGAGUACUGUCCAGAUAACCAAAGACUGCGUGUUCGGCUGAUCAGCGCUGAGGGCCUUUAUCCUCUUUCUAUUGAUCCAAAGAUUAUCAACUGCAGUGUCAGCCUCUCGCUGGUCCCCGGCAAACUCCAAAAGCAGCGCAGCACAGUCAUCAGAAAGAGCCGCAAUCCAAUAUUCAAUGAAGAUUUCUUCUUUGACGGUAUCUCGGAGGAAGAUCUUAGCCAGAGAUCACUUCGUUUUAAAGUGGUGAACAAAAUGUGCACCCUCAAAAGAGACUAUCUCCUAGGUGACUGUGAUCUCCCUCUUUCAAGUAUCGUAACAAUGUAGGUUAAUGUAGGUAUUUAAUGAGUUACUUUUGUGUUUGUGCUAUUUAUUUUACUUUUUUUACUGCAUCAAUUUUGUAUUUAUUAAAUUAUGAAAAACACAGAGGGUGUUUAUGUUGAAUCUAUUUUAGAGUAGAACACAAUUGUAUUAAUAAAAAGUAUCUCUUUUUUCAACACAAAACUAUAAAUAAUAGGAGAAUUAGAAUAAUGAGAAAGUGUUGCCUCUCUGGGUUAAGUGAAAUAUUUUGCAAAUGUUGAGUUGAUGGUUUGUUAAUGAGGAUGCAUCACCAGCUUGUUUAGUCAGACAGCAACCAUCUCAUAUUUCCUCUGAGCCUGUUGUUUACUUCCUGACCUUUCAAAUGAUUAAAAUAUCAUGAGAAACCA